CUUGUUUUUAAAUAGCAAAUGGUUUCUUGUCUUGUCAUCUCCCUGUGGCGCCGUAAAAGUGUCAACGUCAAACCAAUGGAACUUGUUCUGAGAGUCUGAGGCUGAGUGGAGUGGUGGAGUGAGAAAGCCAGCUUCUUUCUUCCUGUUUGAAUACUCUCGUGGUCGACUGGUCGUGUGUGGAUUCACCUCAACCAUUCACUCCAUGGAAGCUCCCUGUGUCGCUGAUUUUCCUCCCGACAUUACUGCUCCUUCUACCAACACCGACGUUCUAGUCCCUUCCCUGGAUUACCGUUUCCCCUCCGAUGAUGCCUGGUAUGGUGUUAGUUUGUUUCUCCAGGGAGAGACCCUUACCGUCAAAUACAACGAUUUCUCCCCAGAAGAAGAUGACCAUUUCUCUGCUUCUGAUUUCAAGACCCUCGCAGAUAUCCAUACCUUCAAGAACCGUUUCCGCCCCGCGUCGGUUCAGUUGCAGGACCACCAGUGCUCUCAAGUCAUCCAAGGGAUGUUGGUGUGUGUCUCUUAUACCUAUUCAGAGGAUGACAUUCGCUUCUACGACGCCUUAGUCGACACCGUGGAUUAUAAAAAACACAAUUAUGUUAAUGGGGAAGAGGAAUGCUCAUGUGAGUUUAAGGUUUUAUGGCGUCAUGGCCCUCUUGAUGGGAUACAUACACGAACUAACAUUGGAAGUAUUUGCAAAAUCCAAUCUGGAGAUGUAGAAAAGAAUACUACAUUGGAAUCUUUUUUGAAGAUAUUAAGAGAAAAACUGUUCAUGGUUUCACCCAGCAUUUUGUCCACACCCAGAAGUAGUGUUUCAGUGCGUAAAGAUAAUUCUGAUGAAACUCAUGGCUCACCAGCCUCACCUGUUCAACACAAACAAAGUGCAACUAGUUGUACAAGUAAAGGGCGGGGGAAAAGACAUAGCAUACAAACUACGACUACACCACGAACGUAUAAAGGGAGCAUUAGUUUCUGUGGAGGAGAGAUGGGAGAAGAUAUGGACUUGGGCGGUGAACCUUUGUCAAUGAAGACAGAAGAUACAGGGAAUUUUCAUUUUAUUCUGGUUGAAAAUAUGGAAAAGAAUCUAUCCCCCUUAGCAGUUGUGGAUUUCAUAUAUAGACAUACUUCUGUAUUGACUCAUGCUUAUGUGUUUCCAAGUUCGUCACCGGAACCAUAUACAAGAGGAGCUAUUGUUGCGGAUAGCAGAGGGAAACUUGAAAAGAUAAAUGAAUUUCUGCAUGACCCUGCUCACAUCAUCAUGUCAUCAAGGGGAAGAAUCAAAGAUUGCUUUGGGAUAUCAGAGAACUUAUGUGAAGAGAGAGUUCCAUUACGCUGGUCUAUUGCAUCCAUGACUACAUUAUUUUGCACCUUAAUGGUGUUUGAAAGACCAUGGGUGAUGUCUGAGAAGAUGUUGAGACACGGAGAAUUUCAGACCUCAUUUGGGGGUACAAUGUUGAAAUCUGAGGAUGAACAAAGGGAUAGAAAUGCUGAAUUUGAUGAUAUAAAGUUAAUCUUAUAUGGAACCAAAGAGUACAAGAAAGCCGAGCAAUUAAAGAAGUCGUUUAUGGUUUUUGUAGAUCAUCUAAGCGGCCUUUACUGCAGACUAAAAUCAGAUGAGAGGAAGAUCUUGCAGUCAUUCCCUUAAAUCAUGAGGCUUGCUGCAGUAGAAGUCUUGGAUGAAAUUCUAAAUAUUCAUGUACCUAGAAAUCGACUAAUUUCCUCUGUAUAUUCCACUUAGUAGAGGAAUUUUUGCUUGUGAUCUUCAAGUCCAUCCAGGCUUAUGUGUAGGUUUUGAGCUGUAGAUACGCUCAUUGGUUGGAGUAACCAAGACACUGUUUUUUGGAGCUGCAUUUUUAGAUUUUGAUGUGCUAGAAGAGAAUUGCUAUAAUUCAAGAAUGGGGAGUUUUUGUUUUA